AUGACUUUGAGGGAAGCGGGAGAAAAAUUUAAAAUACCUCGAGCAACUUUAAAUAGAAAACACCGAAGGCUACAAUUAAACAAAGUCGGCCGUCCUAAAGUUUUCAAUGAAGCUCUGGAGGAAGUCUUUGUGCAAUCAAUCAUUACAGCUGCUGCUUGGGGAUAUCCACUAUCAGGUUUAGACCUAUCUUUACUCGUGAAAUCACAUCUAGAUAGGCUAGGUCUAAAUGAGACACGUUUCAAAGGUAACUUACCGGGACGAUAUUGGCUGGAAGGUUUUCUACGGCGCCAUAAAAGCACUUUAUCUGUAAGGCUCUCAGAAAAUAUUAAACGCCAAAGAGCUGGAGUUACGCAGGAGACAUUAAAAUCAUACUUCCAAGAAUUAAAAACCACCUUGGAGGAUGUAGAUCCGGCCGCAAUAGUAAAUUUUGACGAGACUAAUAUGUCUGAUGACCCGGGACGCCAGAAAGUGUUGGUACGUCGAGGUAUCAAGCAUGCUCAUAAAAUCAUUGACUCAUCAAAAUCAAGUACCUCCGUAAUGUUUGCUGGGACAGCGUCAGGUGUUCUGCUUCCACCGUACGUCGUUUAUAAAGCGGAACAUUUAUAUAAUACUUGGACGGAAGGAGGACCUCCAAAUACAGUUUACAACCGAUCUCGGAGUGGAUGGUUUGACACUACAAUAUUUGAGGAUUGGUUUUUGAAGGUCAUUAUUCCUUAUGUUGAAUCGUUUAAUGGCAGAGGACCCGUGGUUGUAAUUGGUGACAAUCUGAGCAGUCAUUUUUCAUUAGAUGUGAUAUAA